CAUGGUAUUAGGUCAACGGAAAUGCGCGUUCUCGCCAAACCAACGAGCCAAAAUGGCGCUAUGUUUACGUCUCCGUGUAAUCGUGUAUUCUCUCUAGAAAAGUCUAAUGGAGAGCCUCGGCGAUUUCACUCUCUGGGAAAGAUAAUUUGAUCAUUUAGCCACACCAGUGAUCUACAAGGAACCGGACAUUCGCGGAUCUGAGACCACACGGUUCACCGGCAGCGGGAAGCAUGCAGGCCGAGGCCGAGGACUCGGCCCUGAGAGACGGCAUAGAGGCUCUGGGUGUGAAGGAAUCGGGGGAACCUGCAGCGGGCAAAGGGGAGGAGGCCAACGCGCACGAACAGGACACGGAGAUGACAGCUGAAGAAGACGCGAUCGAAGGGUCGAACGAGGAAAAGGGUGAAGACACGGAUGCCGGGGACAGAGAAGGACACAAGGACGACCCCCAGGCGGACACAGCGGGGGGCGGCGGGGAGGGAAAGCAGGACGGCGAGUGGGAGCUCGCGUACAGCGACGAGGAAAUCGAGGACCCCAAAAACUGGAUGCCCCCUCCCGUGGAGAUCAAAAGACUCUACGAGCUGCUCUCCAAAGGGGAGACGCUGGAAUUGAACUUUGUGCCCCUUCCCAGACGGCCGCCCACUCCAGAUCGCACCCCGUCGCCCGAGAGGGAGGACGAGGAAGAUGCAGCAAAGGAGAGAGAGAGGAAGGAGCGAGACCACAGGCCUCUCACUCCAACUGAGUUCGACUUUGAUGAAGAGAAGACGCAAGCCACUCCGAAAAACGCCUUUGUGAACAGACGCAGAACCCCAGGAUCCUCGGCCCGCUCCUCCGUGAAAAGGGAAGCCCGGCUGGACAAGGUGCUCUCCGACAUGAAGCGCCACCGCAAAAUCGAGGAGCACAUCAUGCGCACGGGUCGCGACCUCUUCAAGAGCGAGAAGAAGCUGGAGGAGGCCCUGUCUCCCAACAGCCAGAAGGAGCGGGAGAAGGAGAGGGAGCGAGACAGCAACCCCAACACCAUCUUCUCCCCGAGACAGAGGAGGUAUUGAAGUGUUGAUAGACGAGGACUUGCUCACGGGCGAAAGGGGCCAAGCGCUUUCUGUGCUUUCUCAACACUUGAAUUUUUUUAUCCAGCAAGUUUUGUAUGUUUUUGUAUUUGUGUUUUGUAUGUUGGUAAUAAACAUUUUAAAUCCAG